GCAGUGUGCUACACCUAGCACUCCAGGUAGCGUGAGUGCUCUCCACAUCUUUUGCUCUCCUGGAGCAAAAGAACUGCCGUUUUUCUAAGCAUAUGCAUUGUGGACUACGUUCGCAGGAGUGUGCCACUGGGCAAAACCCCACCACUGUCACUAGAAAGGAUCAAAAAACCUCCCACAAAACUGGAGCAUUCUUGUGUUUGGAGGUAUUUUCCCAGCUAGAAAAUAGGAUGUAAGUUGAGAACAUUAUCUUCAUUAAGUUCUUUUCCAAAGCUGGCUGGAUGUUAGUGUUGCACAAAUUCCCACAGAUGGAAUUUUUAGAAUUAAUAAAGCUUAAAUAUAAGGGAUUUGACUGGAAAAAGGAGGACACCUCUUACAGCAGAACAGAAGAUAAAAAGUGAAUGUUCACACCAGACCCUCAGAUCUCUGUAGAAUACCUUGCAUGAGCAAAGGUUGCUUGGAUUUUGCCAGUAAGACAGGAAUAACAUUCUUCUGCCAAACAUGAGAUCCACAGACAUCAACCGUAUCAAAUGCAUUGUUCUUUCCCCUUGCCCCCUCACCUCAGAGAAAGGUAGGUAUUUAGGAUGCGAUUCUGAAAUGGUCACUGGAUGUCCUGUUGUUUCUCAUUGGAUUUGCAGAUAUUUGUAUUGUAAAAAAAAAUAAUUAUGAAAAUCAGACCUUUGAUGUAAAGGUAAAUCACAUGUAGGAAGAAGGAAUGCAAAUUCAUGGGUUUUUUUGAAGAAGUACUGACUGUGAUGGCUUCACAUGAAAUUUACUGUAUAAGGCUCAGAGUUUUAUUUGGUGUACGCAUACUAUAGUGUAAAGCAUAUUACCAGAUUCAUACUAAAAUGAGCUUGUUGUGAACAGCUCCAUUUCAAAUGUUAGCAUAGAAAUGAACUGAUGACAAACCAAAAUGCUUUAAAAAUCAUUUUAUUGGCAAUGGAAUAAGUAUAUACUAGGUAUUUUAAAGCCUGCUGCAUAAAAUGUGUUGUGAAGUCAACAUGAAAAUUCCGUAAAUUCAAAGUGCAUUUAAGACUAAUUUCAGGAAUUACAUUCUGAGUCCCCGUGCCACUGCUGGUGGUUUUAUGGUGACGAUUUGCUGUCAGUACAUAAAGACUGUCUGUGAAUGCUGCCUGAAAGGCACAUACACAGAAACUAAGAUGUUGUGUAACUGGGGCCCUAGUCCUGAGGUGGAUCUGCUCGCAGGGAUUCCUCUCAAGGUCUGAUGGCUUCAUUAGCAUUUUGCAACAGUAGGAGACUUUGGUAAGAGAUCACACUAAGGGACUAAGGCAUUGCUAGACAUCAAAGAAAUUAUUGUAUCUGAAGUGUUAAUUAUACAUCAGGUGCAGUUAAAACAAGAAAUCAUCUGAGAUUCAUAUGUGCUGGUGAUUUGAAUACUGUAUAUGUAAUAUUAGACUGUAUUUCAAGGAGGUUGAGCUGUAGUACAGUUAGGACACAUAACAACGUCACUAAGAGCUCCGGUGAGACAUUUAAAUACUAGUAAGCUUUAUAACAUCUCUUUGUCUGGAAAUAACUGAAUGAAAUUUAGGUAGUAUCUGGAAGUUACAUUUUAAAAGAAAUGCAUCUUGUUCCAGUAGGAUGAGUGAGAGUGGGUUGGGUUUCUGCUGGCUGGAGAGAACACAAACAGGUUUAUGUGAAGACAGACAUAAAAGCCAUGGGACAUCUAAAACUAUCUGAAGAAUGAAAAAAAUCUUUAAAGAAAAAUUAGCAGUAACUAUUUCUGCGUGAAAGAUGCAUUUCUUCCCCCGACAGCAGAAGUGCAUGAUGUUUGAGAGAAGCAUAUGCUGUGAGACGGUGUCUAUCCUAGAAUUAGUGGUACCCAAGAUAGUGUUUAAAAACAGUUCUUGACAGACCAGUGCUUCCAGUCCUGAUGAGUCCCAGUCUGACCUGAUCUGCUUUGCCUUACACUGCACCCAACAGCCUCGUCAAACUUGGAACAAGUUAAAACCAUGCUUUUGCCUUCCAUAUUUCAACAAUAAUGCUCUUAGCUGUUGUAUUACUUUGCAUUUCAAUAGCUUAAUUCACUUAAGUUGUUCAAAGCAUUUGGUGAACUCUGUAAAAGGGAAGCUAUUUGGAAAAAAAAUCCAGCGUCAUAUUUUUGAAGGUAGAUGUUCUGGCAGGUAGGAUCUAACAGCAGCAGGACCGAUGUGGAGAAUGAAGGUUUUUCAUAGCGCUGGGAAGUCCCAGCACCAAACUGUGGAGCUAAAGCACAGAUCCACAGGAAGAUGAGGUUCAAACCAACCCACAUCCAUUUAAAGCAAGAUAACUUGGGGUUUCUUAAUCCUCUGUGCCAACUGGCUUCCACGGUCUUUGUUUCAUCUUGGAGAGCAUGGAUAAAGUGCCCGUCUCUGUUUGCAGUGGAGCAGAACAAGAGCGUGUCUGUCUCAGGCCUCCUCGUGCUUGCGGUGCGCUGGCACCAGCAGUCGGAGAGGCGUGCAGCGGUGGCUGGCCCGUCUGUGGGCACGGGAGGAAGGGCGAGUGGCAGGAGAGAUCCUCCUACAACAGCUCGUCCCCAGCCGCUGCCAUCCCCAGCAGUUGUAAAGAUAGAUCCUGCGGAAGAUGGAGCCUGGAGAGAUGAGUUAGCUCUGAAUGUUUCCAGUCGUUUUACAAAUCACUGAAAGGCACUUGUAUGUUUCUAGUCAACAGUACAGCCUUAAAUGUAGCUAACUUUACUGCAAGAAAAUAAACAGUUUUGACACAAAGUAAACAAACACAGUACCCUGCAGCCACCCAGGAGUUAGUUUUUCUGGUUUGAUUCCCAGAGUUUCUGCAGUCUGGAGGUAAAAAUGCAUUAAAAAUGGCAACAUUAAGUAUCUUAUGAAGAUCAUGUAAGACAUCAUCACAUAAUCUACUUUGAUGAGAGAACCAGUAGUUGAUUUUAAAUACUCCCGUGGUCUGAAGACCUGCAGAUACAUAAUGUGGGUAAUACUUGCAUGUGCUGUAACCACAAUAGGACUAAGUCAAAGAUUUUCCUCUAACUUCUUUGCACUGCUCUCCAUCCUUUAGAUACCCAUCCACGGUUCACAGGUGAAAACGAAAAUAAUAGAUACAUAAUCAAAGUUGCCAUCUAAGUGUUGGGUUUUUUUUGACGUGGGAUGAAUUUCGCAGGAAAAGCUCCCGUGCGAAAUGAAAUAGCGGGAAGAUGCAACACGACCCGCUUGCUCGAAAUUACUUUGGUCAAUGACGUGCGGCAUCUUACCUGGCAACCGCGCAGGCGGCCGCGCACGCCCCGUCCCCUGCCGCAGGGAAGCGGCACACGCGAGCCCGUGUGCCCAAGGGACGCCGCCCCCCUACCGCGCACGGGCCCGCGGUGGCCCUGGGGCCACUGAACCGCGCCCCCUGCCCCCCCAGCCGCGCUGCCGGGCUCUCCCCGCGCUUUCGCGGCCCGGGCGGUGGGCGGCGGGGCCGGACACCUGCGGGGCCGCCCGACGGCUCCCCCGGCGGGGCGCGGCGCGGCGCGGGCGGGCUGCACGUCGGGCGAGCGGUCGGAGGGUGGAGUGAGAGGGACAGGCUCGGCGGCGCUGCCGGCGGGCGGGCAGCCCGGCACUUUCCUUUUCGGCGCGGGGAGGAGCGGCAGCUGCGCAGGCGUUGCUCGCACCCUGUUGAUUAGUCAGUGCUGGGAUGGCGCUUCCUGGGCCAGGCGCGGCGGCGGCGGCAGCGGGCGGCCCCAGCCGGUCCCGGGGGGCGGCGGGAGCAGCAGCAGCAGCAGCAGCAGCAACCGCAACCGCCCGGCGGGCCUCCCCUUCUGCCUAGCCCGGCAUGUCCCGGGGCGGCCGGCGCUGAGCGAGGCAGGCGCCCCCCGUCCCCCCGCCCCGCUGGCUGCAGCCCCGCCGGGUGGGAGCACCCCGCCGGCGCUGCCUGUCUGGCUCCCGUCCCUCCCCUCCCCGGGCCGGGAAGAUGGACCCCGGCCCGCCGCUGGGCUGCAGUCUCAAGGACGUGAAGUGGAGCGCGGUGGCCGUCCCCCUGGACCUGCUCGUCAGCACCUACCGGCUCCCGCAGAUCGCCCGGCUGGACAGCGGAGAAACUGUAGAAGGCCUUCGAGAGAGCGAUUAUCUUCUGAUUCAUUCAUGUCGGCAGUGGACAACAAUUACAGCUCACAGUCUGGAGGAGGGUCACUACGUCAUAGGGCCAAAGAUAGAAAUCCCUGUACAUUAUGCAGGGCAGUUUAAGCUGCUGGAACAAGACCGAGAUAUUAAGGAGCCAGUGCAGUAUUUUAACAGUGUGGAGGAGGUGGCUAAAGCAUUUCCUGAACGAGUUUACGUCAUGGAGGAAAUAACAUUCAACGUUAAGGUGGCUUCAGGUGAAUGCAAUGAAGACACUGAGGUUUACAACAUUACCCUUAGUACUGGGGAUGAGCUCACUUUAAUGGGGCAAGCUGAAAUCCUUUAUGCAAAAUCUUCUAAGGAGAAGUCACGACUCAACACUAUCUUCAAAAAAAUUGGGAAACUCAAUUCAAUCAGUAAGCUAGGCAGAGGCAAAAUGCCCUGCCUCAUCUGCAUGAACCACAGGACCAACGAAAGCAUCAGUCUCCCUUUCCAGUGUAAGGGCAAGUUUAGCACUCGCAGCCCACUGGAGGUGCAGAUGCAAGAAGGUGAGCAUACGAUUCGCAAUAUAGUAGAAAAAACCAGGCUGCCUGUUAACGUGACUGUGCCGAGUCCUACACCAAGAAACCCUUAUGACCUGCAUUUUAUCCGUGAAGGGCACAGGUACAAGUUUGUCAACAUUCAAACAAAGACUGUGGUGGUUUGUUGCGUGCUUCGCGGCAACAAAAUUAUUCCCAUGCAUUUUCCCUUGCACUUGACGCUUCCGAAAUUUACUCUACCUGACAGUCUGGUGAAGGGGGAGCUGUGGCACGAAUCCCUCAUCCAGCAUUGGUUUAAUAUAUGCCAGGAACAGUUUGACAUAGAUGAGUAUUCCCGUGCCGUGAGAGAUGUGAAAACUGAUUGGAAUGAAGACUGCAAGAGCCCGAAGAAGAGCCGAUGCACGGGGCACAGCCACGUGCCCAACUCCCUCAGCUACGCACGGGACGAGCUGACGCAGUCCUUCCACCGGCUCUCGGUGUGCGUCUAUGGAAACAACUUGCAUGGGAAUAGUGAAGUGAACCUCCAUGGCUGCAGGGACUUGUGUAACGAGUGGGCGCUCUUCUCUCACGAUGCUCUUCAGUACCAGGAGUCUGGUGACAGUAGCAGUGAUUACCUUUUUCCUGAAGUUAGCGAAGAAUCGAUGUUUCUGCCUACAAAACCAGAACUUCCUUAUGAAGAGCUGUGGUUGGACCAAGGGUCUGGAAAAGCUGGUGAACAGCCUCUCUCUCGCUCGCUAAGCGAGAAGAACAAAUGUGACAACUCCAGAGGGUCUUUCCGAUCAAAGUGUGGUACCGCAUCUCUUCCUGUGCCUGCAACUGUUGGAGCAACCACAAAGUCUUCAGAUGUUUCCCUACCUCCACCUCCAGUGCCUCCCAAAUCUGAAGCAGUAAAAGAGGAAUGCAGGCUUCUGAAUGCUCCCCCUGUCCCACCGCGGAGUUCAAAGCCGUCCUCCACCAGUCCUUCCAUCCCUCCUCGUACAGUCAAACCUACGCGACAGCAGACCCGCUCUCCUAGCCCUACUCUGUCCUACUACUCUUCAGGACUGCACAACAUCAAUGUCACAGAGAGCGACACUAACCCAGCUGAGAGCACACCUGUUUCCUGCUACCCUUGUAACAUGAUGAAAACUGAAUCCAAAGAGCCUGAGAGCACACUGCCUUUGGGAAGCCCCUCAGCUGAAGCUCUGCCUUCAAGGCUAUCUUGGCCAAACCAUUUUUCAGGAACUGCUGAAGGCCUGAAUAGGACUGAUUUCCUGCUCGAUCCAAGCAGGAGCUACAGUUACCCCAGACAGAAGACUCCAGGCACGCCAAAGAGAAACUGCCCAGCACCUUUGACUUUUGACUUUGACGGGUGUGAGCUCCCGGCAGGGUACUCCCCACUGACCCCAGCAGAGUUUACGAACACCAUGUCUAGCUGUCCGAAGUCAGCAAGUUACUCUCUAGACUGCACGGAUGAGAAAACUCUGGGAGUCAGCAACGCAAAGCAGAGCCAUUCGUGUCCUGCCUUACCUCCUCGGGCACCGAAGUCAAGUGAAGAGAAAAUGGUUACAGACAUGUGUCCCUUGCCACUGAAAAUAGAUGGUGCUGAGGAGGAGUCGAAAACUGGUUCUCCAGACCUCUUGGAAGAUCAGUAUCUCGUUAAAAAGGGCACACAGGAUACAUUCUCUGUGUCAUACCCCUUCUCAUCUCCCCUCCACCUCCAGUUAGCACCAAGAUCUUGUGGGGAUGGCUCUCCUUGGCAGCCACCCACAGACCUUUCUGGACUCUCGAUAGAGGAAGUGUCUAAAUCACUGAGGUUUAUUGGUCUGUCAGAAGAUGUCAUAUCAUUUUUUGUUACAGAGAAGAUUGAUGGCAAUUUACUAGUUCAGCUUACUGAAGAAAUUCUGUCAGAAGACUUUAAGCUAAGCAAAUUGCAGGUUAAGAAAAUACUACAGUUCAUUAAUGGCUGGCGGCCCAAGAUGUGAUGCCAACUAGUUAGUAGUGAAACUGUGCAAGAUGUGCUUGUUGCACUUCAGCUAAUACAUCACUUCCUGUUUUUUGCACUAAAAGCCCUUCGUGUAAAUAGUAGUAGAAAAAUUCUUACUAUGCAGAUAAACAUUUUUGAGUGGUGAACAGAUUUUGGUUUGGGGUUUUGGUGGGUAUUUUGGGUUUUUUUUUUAAUGUCAAUAAUAAAGGUAGAGAAUCUGCAGAGGUGCCUUGUGCAUCCCUAAACAUUCGACAGCUGCUAAAAACUGAACACUUAAGGGAACUUUUACUCCAUGGUCUGUUAAGACUUAGUCGUAUUUAUUACUGAACAAUGUAAUGCUGAAAGACACACACCAAUCCAGUUUACAGUUUUGUGUUAACUGCAAAAAAAAUGUAUUUCUUAUGGGGUUAUUUCUGUUCAAAUAAUAUUUGGCAACAUGCUGUGACUUUCUUCCAUUUCUGUAAACAAAAGCAUGUUCAGAUAUACAAAAACAUUUUAACACUACAUCUGAAAAUGUUAAGAAUUGCUGUGAAGUGCCACUAAUACACUAUCCUUGCAGCAUAUUUUUAUUAAUGGUAUCUUCCUGACUACCUGUAAUGUGGAUACAUUUUCCAUGUUACUUUGAGUGAAAACAAAUGUUUUUAGAACAAGAGUUUUGCUUAGCUCAUUGCCCAGAGGGGAGGAAGAAGGGGCACUUUCCUACUGAGCCACUCUGCCCUGGCCAGUUAGAAGUUUAUGACUUGUAGAUUUCAAAAGUUGCUUUUGUAGUCAGGUGGCCGGAGUAAGUAGCAUGACUUCUGGUCGUGCAGCUUUCUCAUGGGAGAGGCAGUUCGGUGCACAGACUCUUCUUUUGGCAGAUCCUGCCUGCAUCUGUAGCCUGCUAGCACAGCCCUUGCAAUAGCCUGGCUCUGGCGAAAGGCACCCCCUUAUGGUUCCUCUGCUGCUGUUACCGUGAUCUGAAAAUGCGCUGGAUGUGCUGUCCUAUUCCUGUGGUCGGAUCUGUGUGGGAAGGUGACAGUACUCCUGUAGGAUGCCUUUGAAAUAAAGCAUUAGCGAGGUGGGAGACAACAGAAACAGCACAUGGCGUGCUGGUAAGAAGGGGCCAAGUGAGGUUUUGGGCCGUGCUACAGGAAAUACUUGUGAUGUUUAAGUUCACCUGACUUGUUUGCAGAGGACUAGGAGGAUGUGGGUGUCGAAGUGGGAGGGACUGCAGCAUUGUAAGAUAUGCUAAUUCAGUUGCCCAGCUGCAAAAACUCACUGCAGUAGGUGUCAUGCAGAAGUAGCAGUCAAAAAGGAGCACAGAGAUGGGAAGGGGGCAUUAGUCUGCCCCUGGAGACCUUUCAGAUUUUAACUGCUCAGAAGGCUAGAAAUAGGGUUAACUUUUGACAGUCAGUUGUUGAUUGCUUGUAAUUGGCAGAGCUCUCUGAAAUGUGUUUAAAUAACCCCAGGAUCCCCUGCCUUUGUAGUACCGAAUGCAAGGAUUUUUGGAUGUCCUCUGGAAAGAGGCAGUGGUGUCCAUCCUUGGCAAGUGUGUGUGCCCAGGAUCCUCAUAUAGUCAGAGCCAGGGAUGCUGAAGCAGCUUCACUUGCACCUGCUGCUGAGCAGAGCCCUGGCCAGGUUAACACCAUCACUUGCCUUCCUGACCUUUUUGAAGUACAAAAAAAUCUUUGUUCAUUGUAAGGCAUCCAGUAGGAGCAUCAAGAGAAAAUACAGAGCAGGGACAAAACUGGGAGGCUGAUUUGCCUGUUUUCUCAACCAUAUUGACUUAUUAAAAAGAAUUUAUUUGCAAAUGGAGUUUUCUGUUGCCUGGGCAAAUUUCAUGUCAUGUCUCCAUGUCGAAGCCAAGAUGCAUCAUUUGCAUCUUGCAAUAAUGCAAACCACCAGUUCCUAACCAGAGAGCAAAGCCCAAUUGAUGUGGGUACUAGAAAGCAGUGAGCCAAAAAAUAUCCCAAUAGAAAAACCCCAAGAGUUCAUAAUCCUACUCUUCUUCUUAAUGUAUUGACUUUUAGCAGCAGAUUAAUGGCUUUGUCUGGAUGCUUUUUAAUUAGCAUCCUAAAAUAUUUUAGCUGCAAGUAAGACUAAAUCAAAUCGAAGUAGCGUUCAGAUGUGUAUGCUUGUUGGUAGGCAUGUGCAAGUUGAAGUCAGUUGCAUUUUAACCCUCACUAUGUCAAAUGAGCAUUCAGAUUUGAAAGGGCCAGAUUUUAAAUGUUAGGUACUUUUCUUUGGUUUGCUUGGCUUGUUAAUACCAGGUAAAACAAGUAAAAUCUCUUUCGAGGGGAAAAAAAAAAAAAAAGAAAAAAAAAAGAAACCACCCAAAAAAGACAAAAGAAAAAAAAAAGGGGGCAAUUGAGUCUUGUUAAUAUUAGCAUUAAAUAUUGCUAAUGCCCCUGGGAUAUUAACAUCCCCAAGAAAAUAGUGUUCUUUGACUAUGGAUGGUCACCUGUUCUGUUAUCUCUGCUUACCUGCUUGGAAUGUGUUUUCUCGCAAGCAGCCUGAUGGAACUUGCAUUCGUUGAGUGUGCUGCAGUAGCAUCACAUAUGCAUAGACCAAAAUACAACUGGCCUGUUCAAAGGCCCAGAAAUGUGCAAUAAUUUCAGAAGCAGAGCCUGUGUGCAGAAGUACAGCUAAAACCUCUAACUGCAGACUUGCUAUUGAUGUCCGUCCAGUUGUCUUGUUCUGCCUUGGCACUGCUUGCUUAUUUUUAUGCACAAUAUUUUAGCAUUUGACCUUUUCUUUUGCCCUUAGCUGCUGAUCACCUUAAUUUUUCAAGCCUUUUUUAGUGAUGUAUGUGUUCCUAACCUUUGCGUUGUGUAAAUUGUAUGACUGUAGUGUUGAGGUGCCUGCUGUGAUGCCCAGGCUGGACUGAAGCAUCUGCUCUGGUGAAGUCAAGACAGUGAUGAGCAAUCCGGGCAUCUGGAGUGUGGUGGCUUGGCCUCUGCACCGCUGUGUAGGUAGCCAGGCUAUGGCAGCGCUGAUGCCCAUGGGAAAUAAUGUAUUUGCUUUCCUCUUGAGCUUCCCUGCUGGGGUGUUAGGGGGUCAGGACUGUCCUUGGUGCUGUAGAAGACAGUCUGAACAGGAUGGACUGAUGUGAAUGUGUUGGUAUUAUGGAUGUCCCUGGGAAUAAAGGCAUGGUGGAACCUUUGAAAUGGGACAGGAGUAGAGGAGAGCUUCAGGCCUGAGCAGAGAACCACAGUCUCUUUAGGAGGAUGGGGGGUAAAACCUGGAGGCUUAAAAUCUCUAAAAGGUCACAGAAUGCUGCACUGCCUGCUGUACUUUGAGAUGAAGGGUUACUUUAAUGUUCCCACUGUGAUUAAGAAGUGUCCAAACGCUCUAGGGAAUAUCCCUGUGAUAUGAACUUUUUACCAGCUGAUGUGAAUAGAAGACAGCACUCAGCUUUUCACAGGACUUGCAAGCCGUACCAGCAAACUGGGCGGCGCCGGAGCAUAGGCACUCUCUGGUGGGGGUCCCUUGCUGCUGAGCUGUUGCUGUGGGCUCUUGCCUGGUUUGGUGCAACCCAACCAGCCUGUGCAAUGGGUGAUCCCAGACAACUCCCAAGCUCAGCUUGGAGCUUAGCAGUGGGGGAAACCAGCCUGGUUUUGGAGGGUAAUGGAGUUCAACCACGUUGAUGCAAGCUGUGUUGGUUGUCCUUGGGGCCUGAGAGCAGGCUCUGGCCCAUUUUGUCUACUAAUAGAAAUGCAGCCAUUGAGUUCAGACAACACGCAUCAUGCCAGAGUGGACCUAAAAUCUCUUACUUUUGGAGGCAGUCUACUAAAAUAGGCCAGUCCUACUCUUGUAUUUCUUUCCUCAGAUUAAAUAAAUGUAAGGCCUGUGGUGCUUGUUUAGUUAUCGGUGUCUGAAGCUGUGUGUUAUCCUCGGGAGUUUUUGUUUGUCUGGGGGGUUUUGGUAGCAAAAAAUCUGGCGUGUCAUUCCGUGUGAGCCUGUCUGUCCUGCACCAGGAAACACAUCCUUUCUAUGCAACAGUUGCAUGGCACCACAGGGUCUGAUGCUGCCUUCAGUGGUGAAAGCUGGAUUCUGGCAUGGGGGCUUUUCUGGAGGGGGACACAGAAUUGCCUGGGGGAGGGAUGGGGAGGAAGCUUGAGGAGAAAUGCUUGUUUCCUUUAAAUGCUCCUUGUGCCUAGGAUUCAGGUUCUUUGUAUCGCUGCCUGGCUGGCUAACCAAAGCUGUAUUGAAAUCAACUCAAAGUGCAUAUUUGCAUUCUUAUUCUUGCUGUAUUGUAAAAAUUGCCUACAGCUAGAAAAUUAGAGACGGAAAACAUUUGGUCCACGCAGAAUUAGAAGGAAAAUGUAUUUUGAAGUAUUCUUUCCAGCUAGAAGCAAGGGUGUGAAGUAACUGUGUGUUCAGAGGGUUUUUUUCCAAUACAACAGCUUUACUUGCCACUUUAGUGGACUUUAUUCCACAACAGCUUCAAGAGAAACAGCAUAAAUAGCAAUACUGUCUCAAAACCCACCAUGUUUCAAAUCUGUAAAUACUUGAAGUGUUUUCUCCUAUGUUUUCUUCUUGAAUCAGCUUCUUGAUUGUCUCCCUACUAAAUUAAAUGUGCUGGCACCAGCUACUUGUGCACUGCCCGGCGGGGUGUCUGCCUGCAGUGCAGGUCAGCAAAGCCCUGCCUGCGGGCCAGGCAGGGGGGACACCGCACUACUGAAAAGCCAAACACCAGCCCUCUGUGAAAGGAGCAGGGCUUAGCCCAGCUCUCCUGGCUUCUCUUUUUGAUGCUCUGAAAUUGCAGUGUUGCCACGUACAAGCUAGAAGGUACAAAUGAAAUCCUAGUCAAAGCAAGAGAUCGUCCUUUAUAUUUGCAAUAUUAGGGACAGCAGGGCAGUGGGGAAAUGCAGGCCCCUUGGUGAGAUCUAGCAAUAAAUGACUCUUCAGUUGUUAUGUCUUCAAAUCCUAAUAGUUCGGAGUUGUUCAGACUUUACCGUUUCUGUGCGUAAUAACCAAAUUUUCAGUGUGAAAAUCUGCAGAGAUCUGCAGAGUGAUUCUCUUAACUUGGACAAUCUUUGGAAUUAUAUUUAAAUUAUCUGUUAGUUCUUAGCUCUUUAGAUUCACUUUGGGUAGGUCAAAAAAGUAACACUUGGGACAAAAAAAGAGAAAGCCCCAAAACUUUGGCUUAGUACAUUUCCGUUAUAAAACGAAGCAUGGUUUUUGUGGAAUUCUGUGCUGUUUUGGGCUUUUGUGUAAAAGGCUGAAGGCGGAUUAUUAUUUAAACCAGGUGCAAAUAAAUAUCCCUGUAAUGUAUAUGAAAAAAUUUAAACUGCGUAUUGUAAGUAUAUAAACUGUAUAUUAAAGACACUAUUUUCAUGGUAUUUCAAA